AUGAUUAAAUUUUUCAAGAGAACAAUGGUAUUGAUGAACUAGACUAAUAUGCAGUCCUUACUUUAUUUUGUCAAAGAUAGUACCAAGCACUUUGACUCUUCACAUAACCAUGAACAUGCAGAACUUGUUUACUCAAAUACUAUGAAAAUAAUGGAUUCACUCUACAAGUCAAGGGAUGAAUAUGACGAGGAGUUAAUCACAUAUGCAUCUCUCCUGCACGAUGUCAGAGAUCACAAAUACCCAGAGUCAAUUACCGAAGAAGAAAUGCAUAAAUUCUUGAUAGAUUAAGUAGGAGAGGACAAAACAAAGCAAGUUCUUUAAAUCAUUGAAAACGUCUCAUGGUCUAAAGAGGAUAAGUUAAGAAAGUCUCAAGGAUUAAAUUUUAACCCAGACUUCCCUCAAGAACUACAAACCUAUUUAACAGCACUAAGAGAUGCAGAUAGACUUGAGGCUAUUGGAUAAAUCGGUAUUGAGAGAUGUGUUCAGUUUAAUAUAAGUCAUGGCUAUAAAUACCCUGAAGAUGUUAUUCAGCAUUGUCAUGACAAGCUUUUGAGAAUCUACACUGAAAAGUUUAUCGAAACUGAAAUGGGAAGAAAGCUAGCAGAGCCAUUGCAUCAAGAAAUUGUUGACUUUGUAAAGAUGUGUGAAUCAGGAAAUGUUCCUGAUGCUUCAGUUUAUCUCAAAAACUGA